CAUAAACAAAAGGCACAAUACUGGUCAUUACUGGGCACUGAGACCUGUAAAGAAUUGUACAAAAUAUUCCAGAAAAGAUCAUGAACGGUUUUAAAAUUGUGCGAUCUUUGAAAUCUAGAGCAUGUUCUGUCUCAGGUCUGUCCUCUACAGUGAUCAGAGCUAGGUAAGUCCUAUAAUGAAAAUACCAAUAUUCUUGACUGUAUUAAAUGGUCAUGCAGUUGCUCACGACUUCUCAAGAGUUCUAAUUUUUUUAGCUCUAGUUUUGAGGUAGAAGCACCAAAUUUUUAUAUAUUACAUUCACCAGUUCAUCAUGGUGGUCUCAUCUUGAGAUGGGUCCUCCAGAUGCAACUCUUGGCAUUACUUGUCCUUUGCAAGGACAGUAAUGUGGUUAAAAUAAGGAUUUUAAGCUAAAUAAGACCAAAAGUUUCCUAGGGCUUUGCCUCCUUACCCCAACCUUGGUUGUGCUUCCAGAGCCUUAUUGCAACUUGCUAAACAGCACUAUGCAUCUUCUCAAUCACCUCCCUACCCAACUUUUUGGCACCCCUCCCCAUCCCUGAGAGCAAAAUCUGAAAAUUUGUCUAUGCUUCAUGUAUUACAUUUGACAGUUCAUCAUGGUGGUCUCAUGUUGAGAUGGGUCCUCCAGAUGCAAUUCUUGGCAUUACUGAAGCAUAUAAGAAAGAUCCAAACCCUAAGAAGAUAAAUCUUGGUGCAGGAGCUUAUCGAGAUGAUCAGGGGAAACCAUAUGUUUUACCGGUUGUGAAGAAGGUACUAUAUAGAGCUAAUGUUGAGCUUGUUCUGAGGAGUCAAAAUUUUUUUGGGGGGGGAGGGCGGUCCCUCCCAUACGCCUAUUUUUCCUCCUGUAGUAUCCACAAGACUGAUAGGCGUUGGCUCUUUCUGUGUUUAGGCAGAGAGUAUGAUAGUUUCAGGGAAUCUUGACAAGGAAUAUGCUACAAUUGCUGGUCUACCACCAUUUGCAAAGGCCUCAGCACAGUUGGCAUUUGGCAAGGAUAUGAAUGGUUUGGUGAGUCUUAUUAUUUUACCAAUUUACCUGUACCAAGAGUUUUAAAUUUGUUAGGUUGGCAACUAAUUAUAACUUGACAUAACAUUUUAGAAUGCAACAGUUCAAACCAUUUCUGGUACAGGUGCACUAAGAAUUGGAGGUGCUUUCUUGGUAAGGAUAUAUUUUUACUCAACCUCGUUCCCAGUCUCUUACCUCUUGUGGAGGAAAGACCCUAGUAAUAGCUGGUCACAUGAUCUGCUAAAAUCUAGCAGGUUUUUAAUUGAUAAUGGUUUUGCAAGUUUGAUUUGAUUUGAUUUUAAAGGAAUCCAAAAUAGUAAUUAGAAAUCUGCUAGGUUUUAGCAGAUCAUGUGACCAGGGUCUUUCCUCCACAAGCUGGUAAGAGCCUAGGAACAAGGUUGAUUUUAUUCUGUGAUGACAUAAACUGGGAGUAGAUUUGUGGUAAGCCUGUAAAGUUACAUAAUUUGUAUGGUAAAAUAUUUUUUGACACAAUUGUUUUUUUACAUGCAGGCAAGAUUCUUGCAAGGAGAGAAAGUUAUAUACAUGCCAAGUCCAACAUGGGGAAACCAUAUUCCUAUAUUUCGGUUGGUAAUGUAUUCCUACAUUCCAUUUGAGAAGAUAUGGAAAUUUCCAGUAAAUCCAUUGGGUGCCAUCUAGAUUCUAGUGCUCUUCCCUUGUUGAGUACAAUUGUCUGGCAUAUUAGGCAGAGUGAAAUAAAAGUACCUAGUGUGCAACUAGUAGGUACAUGGGCAGAUUGGAAUAACUCGGUACAUGGGCAGAUUAGAUUAAUCCAUUGAGUACCGGUGUGCUCCCGUUCAUGAGUAAAAUUGUCUGGCAUUAGACAGAGUGAAAUAAUAAAGUAGGACACAUUAGGACACAAUGCAACUUAAUGGGUUAAUUUAAUCUUUCUUUACUUUGUAUUCUGUGUUUCCUGCAGAGAUUCUGGAUUUGAAAUAAAAACAUAUCGGUACUAUGAUGCUGAGACAUGUGGUUUCGAUUUCAAUGGUUGCUUAGAAGAUCUCAAUGUAUGUAACUUCUUUCUUUUUGGCAUUUUUAUUACAUUUAUUCUCAACAUGGGCGAUUUUACUGGGGGGGGGGGGGCGUUAGGAGGGGUUAACCCCCCAAGAAUCUCUCUAACUCCUCUUAUAAAGUGUUCAAACCCCACCAAAAUUUUGCUUCACCCCUCCUAUUUUGACUGAAAAUCUUUAAUCCCAACUCCUAAUUACCCCUGCCCCUAUGAUGCCACUUGCAUCCCACUAGAAAUUUUCCCACCCCUCCUAUAAAAAAACACGAAAAUCCACCCUUGAUUCUCAAUCACAAGUAAAAUUAAACACACUUUCCAUUUUCAGAAUUUGCCAGAGAAGUCUGUUGUAUUACUUCAUGUUUGUGCCCACAACCCAACUGGAGUUGACCCAAAAGUAAAGUUCUGAAUUUGUUUUCAUAUGUUUUAAUAAAUGUGCAAUUCUGGUGAUCAAAUUUUUGGAAAUAGUCUGGUGUUCCACAUGACUGUAAUCAUGGUUUAUUAUGGUCAAUUAAUUUACCAUUUAUAUUGCACAACAAUGACAAAGUGCAUAUUAUACAUUGUCAAGUAAAAGUGCAUAUAUCCUGCAUCCUUGUACAUUUUAUAAAGAAAGACCAUUAGAAAAUAUAUGUUACGUGGCCAGUUGAUGGUACAAAUAUUAAUUGCAUUAUUAAUAUAGACUAUUAUAAUAAAGAAUAUUUAAUAUAUGUUUCAGAUGGAACAAUGGAAAGAAAUAUGUGAAGUAGUCAAGGUGUGUAUGCAGAAAUGUCAGAAAUAUGACAUUUUGCAUUUCAAACUGUCUUAUUUCUUCCUGAAUUUUUAUCAAUUUAGAAACGCCAGUUAUUCCCGUUCUUUGACAUGGCCUACCAAGGUUUUGCAAGUGGGGAUAUUGAUCGUGACGCAGCUUCUAUGAGAUAUUUUAUCGACCAGGGAUUAUCCGUUUUUGUAACCCAGUCGUAUGCCAAGAAUAUGGGUUUGUAUGGUAGGUAUACUUUGUUGUGUUAUGUGAUAAAGAAAUCCAAUUAUAUUAAGACAAUACUGUAUUCUACAUUAAGUUGUAAUGCUCAAUAAUUCAUGAAGAAAACGCAAAGGAUCAUGAACAUAACUCGUGAGGAGCUUGUAUAUCGAGGUCUAAUACAAAUUCCUGCUGGAGUGCUGAUUUACUUUUCUGCAUAAAUUUUCAGUUUAUUUCAGACCUGGAAAAUGGGGGAUCUCGUAAUACUGUGGAACAUGUGCCUUUAUAGUUAGCAAUAAGAUUGAAAAACAUUUUCAUUUUUUCCCCAUAUAAGGGACCGGUCAUUAUUUAUGGUGGGGGGUGGCACCGAAGAGAAAUGUUUUUCCUGGUAAAAAUUUUGCUGACCCAACCAUUAGAAAGCAAAAAAUUUGAUUACCAAACCUCAAAUAUCAAUUAAAAAAUAAAUACCCACCCCUUGCCAAAACCUUUACAAAAGGAUACCAUUCAGUUGUCACACAUGUCCUUUACCACUUCUGUGACACAAGUUUGAUAAUUAACUUUCAUGUUGUAUGUACAUGUACUUUCUUUGGAGACACCAGUUGUCUCCCAACAAAUCGGAAAAUGAUCAAGAUAGAUUGAUUGAUUUACAUAUUGUAUUGACAUACGACUGUUGACAUUGCUUUUCAGUCUCCAAUAUUUAAGUGAGUCAUGCUUUGAAAAUGACAAUAACUUUUUAUUACCCAACCCUUGAGUUGUUUUGUUUUUCAUUUACCCCACCUUUUAUUCACUCAAAAUUUAGUUUACCCAACCCUUUUCUCUUCGGUGCCACCCCCCGCCAUAAAUAAUGACCAGUCCCUAAGUUAUGGAAGAAUCUUAAGGAAAAUGAAUGAUUCCACGAAACCCAUGGUAAUGGUACCAUAGGCUGGAAAGAGCAUCUUAAAAUGAGUAAAACUGCAAUGUUUGGUUGCAAAUUGUUGUAAAAUGAGGAAAAUAUAGCCUUGUGAAGUUCGCAAAUUUUGUAUAUAUUUACAUUACUCGCGGAAAAAAUAACCUGUUUUUGAGCGGAAAGUGGUUAUUUUUACCGCGCGUAAUACAAAUAUAUUCAAAAUUUGCGAAAUUUACAUGGCUAUAUUUUCUUCAUGUUACAACAUUUCGUAACCAGACUUUGCAGUUUUACUCUUUCUAAGACGCUCGUUCUAGCUGUUGUGUUGAAUUUCGUUCUUCAGUUCUUCUCGCCUUGAUAAAAAUUUAGUCUAUAACUGGAAUCAUUUUAUCAGACUAGUACACCAUUGAACUAUAAAUAAACUGGAAGGCUAACUCAGGGGGGGGGGAAAUUGAAGCCAGUGUAUUUUAGUUUUUCUGAGUUAUGAGCAGAAAUACUCAACACUGAACGUUGGGCUAUAUAUCAAAUUGAAGCUAUUGAAAAACUCUAUUUGGUGUAGAAAUUUCAAGACUUUAGCUAAAAGGGAAAUAUUGAAAAACUACAAACAUAAUUACCGAUAAUUUGCCGUUUUGCAGCUGUUUUUGUAUUUUUUAAAGAUUUUUCUUUUCGCUGAAGUCUUGAAAUUUCCACAUCGAAUAGCAAUUUUCAAUAGCUUCAAUUUGAUAUAUAGCCCGACGUUUGGGGUCAAGUAUUUCUGCUCAUAACUCAGAAAAACUAUUUUGGCUUCAUCAAAUCAUAGGCCUUCAUCAUAGCAGUUAGCCUUCCAGUUUAUUUAUAGUUCAAUGUAGUACACUUCCUUGUCUGACAUUUGAGAAUGUGAAGAGUUGUUCAAUGUUCAAAUUUGGCGUAAUGUACGGUCCAGGCAAAUUCAGGAUCUAUUCCUGUGGAACAUUAAAAACGUUUCCCAGCUUUCAUCAUUCACGUCUUUGAUUAUUGAAUUGCCAUUUUUUUUUCUUUCCAAAGGCGAGCGAAUUGGUGCACUGAAUGUUGUGUGUCAGUCUGUAGAAGAGGCAAAGGCUGUGGAGUCUCAGCUGAAAAUUCUCAUUCGUCCAAUGUACUCGAAUCCUCCAAUCCACGGAGCGAGGAUUGUGACCGAUGUUUUGAACAAUCAAGAACUGAGGGCGCAAUGGCUUGUGGAGUUGAAAGGAAUGGCAGACAGAAUUAUUUCGAUGAGAGAACAAUUCCGUGGCACUUUGGAAAAAUUAGGUAUUGUUAUUAGUACUGUACAUUAUGGUGUAAGAGGUGUAUAGUGUUCUCAUUCUAAAGUAGUCUUUUGUCUUUUUUCAAUGCAGGAUCGAAACGUGACUGGUCACAUAUCACAGACCAAAUUGGAAUGUUCUGUUUUACAGGACUUAAACCUGACCAGGUAAGUUCUACUGUAACAUACGCCUCCGAAAAGUACGUCAUCUCGGCUAUAGAGCCUUGUUUUCGUAAUUGUGACCAAGGCCGGCGAGAGGGGGGGGUCAGGGGGGGAAUACCCGGGGCCCGGAGUGCUCAGAGGGGCCCCGAAAAUCUCGGUAAAAUGUUCGUAUUGUUUAUCAUCGCUUUAUGUUUGUCCUAAAUGAAAUACGCCUACUUGCACACUAUCCGCUGAUUGUCGUCAUCGAUCGUAAAACGUACCAAAUGUGAAAUAAACGAUUUUUCGAUCGUUUUCUCAGCAAAAAAACGAGUUAGCUGAACAUCGUUCACAUUGCGUUUUUAUCAGUUUUGCGUUGAUUUCUUGCAAGUAAUUCGCUGGCAAUUCUCUCGUUGAUUGCGAUUAGAAAUAGACUUUGGCGUGGCCAUGCGCCAGCGGGAGAGUGGAGAGGGACAGGGGCCCCUGCUCACCAACUCAUCAUUUCGUCCUGGGGCCCGUUGUUGGCUCUCGCCGGCCUUGAUUGUGAUGAUUUAACUGAUGUCAGAUACAUAAGAACAAGGCUCAAUAGCUACAUGUACAGUGCCAUACUUUAAUGCGGAAGGAAAUUCCGAAACUGAGACUCCGAAUAAGAAUCGCAUCUUGAAAGUCAAUAUUUGAGGAAAUCAAAAUUCAAAAGGAGACAAGAUCGAUCACGUGGUGUUUUCAUUUGCUGUAAUCCAUGACGAGCUAGCUAGAAUUCUGCGAUCUAUACUGACAAUGUUUCUGGAAACUUCUCAUGUUUGGUAUCUUCCUGAUAGCCCGUCUAGUGCCAUAUUAGGGUCGUAAAUAUAGCAUAAGAGUAAGACACAUACAGAUUACAUACGCCAAGACAGACUGCGUCCGCAGCGAGUUCCAAAUCUAGGGCAAAAAUGUUCUAUAAUUUUUAUUUUUCAACAUUUUUUUGCUACCUAGGUUGAACGUCUUACCAACGAGUUUUCAAUAUAUCUCACAAAAGAUGGCCGAAUGUCAGUAGCUGGAGUGUGCUCAACAAAUGUGGAAUAUUUAGCCGAAGCCGUUCACGAAGUGACCAAGUAGACAUGAUAUUCCCAGUAAUAUAGAAACUAAAUUAUAAAAUUAAUACAAUGCCUUUCUCUAAAUUAGUAUAGCAAAAAACUUCUCCUCAACUCUAAAGGGUAAGGGACAAGUUUAUUAUAGGAAAUUGUGCAGAAUAAUAAACUAACAUGUAAAGUGUAUUAGAAUACUAUAUCAGAGCACUUUUUUCCAACCAUAUCGUACCGGAACGUAGCAUUUUUUUAAUUAUAUUGACUCAAACACUG